GUGGAAGUAAUAUUAUGGAGUCUCUGGAGCUGGAGAAGCUGCAACUUGUACCGGACGACGAAGUAGCAGAGACAAACACGAUGAUCAGCAGCAGAGGGAAAACGGAUUUGUUGGUGGAACAGCUCAAGAAGGUGACGCAAAUGGCAGCUCCCAUGGUUGUGGUUUCGGUGUCCCAGUACCUCGUUCAGGUCGUUUCCUUAAUGAUGUCUGGACACGUCGACGAGCUCUCCCUCUCCGGCGUCGCCAUCGCCACUUCCUUCACCAACGUCACCGGCUUCGCCGUCCUGUACAAGAAAUGCGGGACCUACACUUACUGUUCCAUCAUCUCCCUCCUUCCAGUCUGCAUCCCAGUCUCGAUCCUCUGGCGCUUCAUGGACGACCUUCUAGUUUCAAUCGGCCAAGACCCAGAGAUCUCGAGGGUGGCCGCCCAAUACGCCGUCAACUUGAUCCCUGCUCUGUUCGGCGAUGCUGUUCUGCAGCCACUGAAUAGAUACAUGCAGUCCCAAGGGCUGACCCUCCCCAUGCUCCUGAGCGCCGUGGCGGCGCUCUGUGGGCAUGUCCCAAUCUGCUGGGCUAUGGUCUAUAAGUUUGGGCUCGAGAACGUUGGGGCGGCUCUGGCUGUUGGGCUGGCGUACUGGUUCAAUGCCGUUUUGCUGAUUUUGUACGUGAGAUGGGCUUCUUCGUGUGAGAAGACUCGUGGGAUGUGUUGGAAUGAUUUUGGGCCCAGCGUGAGGGAGUUCUGGAGGUUCGCUGUCCCUUCUGCAGUCAUGGUCUGCGUUACAACUACUUCGCUUCACUACUAUGUGCAAUAUGGCAUUGGAGCUGCUGCCAGCACUGGGGUGUCGAACGAGCUCGGGGCAGGGAAUCCGGAGAAAGCCAAAGCAGUGAUCCAAUCAGCAGUCGGGAUUUCGACCCUCGAGGCAAUCAUCGUCAGCACCACACUGUUCUACUGCCGCGGAUUCUUCGGCUACGUUUUCAGCAACGACGAGGCGGUGGUGGCGUACGUGGCCGAUGUGGCUCCGCUGCUCUGUCUCUCCGUCGUCGUAGACAGCUUCCUUGCAGUACUCUCCGGAGUGGCGAGGGGGAGCGGGUGGCAGCACAUAGGAGCGUAUGUGAAUCUAGGAGCGUACUACGGCGUCGGGAUGCCGGUGGCGGUGCUGAUGUGCUUCGUCCUCCAUCUCGGAGGGAAAGGGCUGUGGGUUGGGAUACUGACCGCAUCGACCCUCCAAGCUGUUUUGCUUGCUUUCAUCACUGCCUUCACCAAUUGGGAUCGGCAGGCAGAGAAAGCAAGGGCGAGGAUAUUUGAUGGCGGAAGUUGUUCGGGUCAAGGAAGCACAACCGAAGUGUGGAGGUGUAACUAGCUCAGACUCCAAUUAUAUAUCUUCCCAUUUGAGAAGCUUGGGAAAGUUAUAUAUGAAACUCAUUCAGUAGUAAAACUAAUCAUCUCCGAAGCUCAAUAAUCUGAUAUAUGCACUUAUAAGACGAUGAUGGUUCUUGCGGUUGCAAGAAUGGUCUUUCUGAGAGGAUGAAGGGCUUGUCCUUUUGUUGCUUGUCUUUUUUCAGCCCUAGUAUGAAAAUUACUUAAACGCUCAUCUUAAUUCACAAUAGCUUCACAGAUGUCUCC